AUGCAAUCGGACCUCGACAUGGCCUCUAGUUGGCUUUCGAAGCAAACCAACGAUCUUGAUCUCCUUCUUCGCUCUAGGGACCUCUUUACAAGGCUUCAAAUUGGAGGUCUUGAGUUCAAGCACAAGACAUUGGAUUCAUUAAUUCAGCUCCUUUCUGAGGAUGAAAAUUCUGGGAGUGUUGUUGCUAAAGAAGUGAAUUUGAACUGCUUGAUUCACUUACUCGAUCCCAUUUAUCCAGAUUCUGUGAGAGAUCUGGCUAUUGUAGCAGCGUCAAUGCUUGAUUCAGUAAUGAGAGAGAAGCAGUACAAGGCAGUUCUGCUGGAUGGUGGUGACAAGGCACAGUUUAUUAAGCUACCCAACUGGCCACUGGGUGGUUGUGAAGAAUUCAGCUGA